UCCAAUGAGUAACUCCCGGAAUAACCGGGUGAUGGUGGAGGGGGUCGGGGCCCGGGUAGUGCGCGGCCCGGACUGGAAGUGGGGGAAGCAGGACGGCGGCGAAGGCCAUGUGGGCACAGUCCGGAGCUUCGAGAGCCCAGAGGAGGUGGUGGUAGUCUGGGACAACGGCACCGCUGCAAACUACCGCUGUUCCGGGGCCUACGAUCUGCGCAUCCUGGACAGCGCGCCCACCGGCAUCAAGCAUGAUGGAACCAUGUGUGAUACCUGCCGCCAGCAACCAAUCAUUGGCAUUCGAUGGAAAUGUGCAGAGUGUACAAAUUAUGAUUUGUGCACAGUGUGUUACCAUGGAGAUAAACAUCACUUAAGACAUCGCUUUUACAGAAUUACCACACCAGGAAGUGAGCGGGUUCUAUUAGAAUCUCGUAGAAAAUCUAAGAAGAUUACAGCCAGAGGAAUCUUUGCUGGUGCCAGAGUGGUACGAGGAGUGGACUGGCAAUGGGAAGAUCAGGAUGGCGGAAAUGGACGUAGGGGAAAGGUAACAGAAAUCCAGGACUGGAGUGCAUCAAGCCCACACAGUGCAGCGUACGUUCUCUGGGAUAAUGGUGCUAAGAACCUUUACAGAGUUGGCUUUGAGGGCAUGUCUGAUCUGAAGUGUGUCCAGGAUGCCAAAGGAGGUUCUUUCUACAGAGAUCACUGCCCUGUGCUAGGUGAGCAGAAUGGCAAUAGGAAUCCUGGUGGAUUACAGAUUGGUGACCUGGUAAAUAUAGAUCUUGACUUAGAAAUUGUACAGUCUCUGCAGCAUGGUCAUGGAGGAUGGACCGAUGGAAUGUUUGAAACUUUAACUACAACUGGAACUGUUUGUGGUAUUGAUGAAGAUCAUGACAUUGUAGUACAGUAUCCAAGUGGCAAUAGGUGGACCUUCAAUCCUGCUGUUCUCACUAAAGCAAACAUUGUCCGGAGUGGGGAUGCUACUCAAGGAGCAGAAGGAGGAACCUCACAGUUUCAAGUGGGUGAUCUCGUACAAGUUUGUUAUGAUCUGGAAAGAAUUAAACUUUUACAAAGAGGACAUGGCGAAUGGGCUGAAGCGAUGCUUCCAACUUUAGGUAAAGUUGGCCGAGUACAACAGAUUUAUUCAGACAGUGAUUUAAAGGUGGAAGUUUGUGGAACUUCUUGGACAUAUAAUCCAGCAGCAGUUUCCAAAGUGGCAUCUGCAGGAUCGGCCAUUAGCAAUGCAUCUGGUGAAAGACUCUCACAGCUCCUGAAGAAAUUAUUUGAAACCCAAGAAUCUGGUGACCUCAACGAAGAAUUAGUUAAGGCUGCUGCUAAUGGAGAUGUUGCUAAAGUAGAAGAUUUGUUAAAAAGACCAGAUGUGGAUGUAAAUGGGCAAUGUGCUGGCCACACAGCUAUGCAAGCUGCUAGUCAGAAUGGACAUGUUGACAUUUUGAAGUUACUUUUGAAACAAAACGUGGAUGUAGAAGCAGAGGAUAAAGAUGGCGAUAGAGCAGUUCACCAUGCAGCUUUUGGAGAUGAAGGUGCUGUUAUAGAAGUGCUCCACCGAGGCAGUGCUGACUUGAAUGCGCGCAAUAAGCGCCGACAGACACCGCUUCAUAUUGCUGUCAAUAAAGGUCAUCUUCAAGUUGUGAAGACUUUAUUGGACUUUGGCUGUCAUCCUAGUCUCCAGGAUUCUGAAGGUGAUACCCCUCUUCAUGAUGCAAUAAGUAAGAAGCGUGAUGACAUCCUGGCAGUUCUUCUGGAAGCUGGUGCAGAUGUUACCAUCACCAACAAUAAUGGGUUUAAUGCUCUGCAUCAUGCUGCACUAAGGGGAAAUCCCAGUGCAAUGCGUGUUUUACUGUCUAAAUUGCCACGACCGUGGAUUGUGGAUGAGAAGAAAGAUGAUGGCUAUACUGCCUUGCAUCUGGCUGCCCUUAAUAAUCAUGUGGAAGUGGCUGAACUGUUGGUGCAUCAGGGCAAUGCAAACCUGGAUAUCCAAAAUGUGAACCAACAAACUGCCCUACACCUUGCUGUUGAACGACAGCACACCCAAAUUGUUAGGCUUUUGGUCCGUGCAGGCGCCAAGCUAGAUAUUCAGGAUAAGGAUGGGGAUACUCCUUUGCAUGAAGCUCUGAGGCAUCACACUUUGUCUCAGCUUCGUCAGCUCCAAGAUAUGCAAGAUGUAGGGAAGGUGGACGCUACCUGGGAGCCAUCCAAAAACACAUUAAUAAUGGGACUUGGUACCCAAGGGGCAGAGAAGAAGAGUGCAGCAUCUAUUGCCUGUUUCUUGGCAGCCAAUGGUGCUGACCUUGGCAUUCGCAAUAAGAAGGGUCAGUCGCCACUUGAUCUCUGUCCUGAUCCAAGUCUCUGCAAAGCACUGGCAAAGUGUCAUAAGGAAAAAGUCAGUGGUCAAGUGGGUUCUAGAAGUCCUUCUAUGAUUAGUAAUGAUUCUGAAACCUUAGAAGAGUGUAUGGUGUGCUCAGACAUGAAGAGAGAUACUCUUUUUGGCCCAUGUGGACAUAUUGCUACCUGUUCUUUAUGUUCUCCACGAGUCAAGAAAUGCCUCAUCUGUAAAGAACAAGUUCAAUCCCGGACAAAGAUUGAAGAAUGUGUGGUAUGCUCUGACAAGAAAGCAGCUGUUCUUUUUCAACCCUGUGGACAUAUGUGUGCUUGUGAGAACUGUGCUAGCCUCAUGAAAAAGUGCGUGCAGUGUCGGGCAGUGGUUGAACGAAGAGUGCCUUUCAUUAUGUGCUGUGGAGGGAAAAGUACAGAAGAUGCUGCUGAUGAUGUCUCUAGUGGGAAUAUUCCAGUAUUACAAAAGGACAAGGAUAAUACCAAUGUCAACGCAGAUGUGCAGAAGUUACAGCAACAGCUGCAGGACAUUAAAGAGCAGACCAUGUGCCCUGUGUGUUUGGAUCGUCUGAAGAAUAUGAUUUUCCUCUGUGGCCAUGGAACAUGCCAGCUCUGUGGAGACCGCAUGAGUGAAUGUCCUAUUUGUCGCAAGGCUAUUGAACGAAGGAUUCUUUUGUAUUAAUUAAGAAAUACAAUGUAUUUUGUUAGCUAAAACAUCUGGUCAUGAGAUCUUAGUAAGCUUUUGAGCUAAUUGGAAGGUCCAAUGAGUUAAUAUCUAAUAUAGCUUCUUUACUAGAGGGUAAUUAGACUGUAAGUGUUUGUGUUUGAAAUUGUGUUUUUAGUGGGGUUUGGUGAGGUUUUUUCCUUUAAAAUAUCACAUCCAUGUAAUUCAUAGGUAAUUUACUUUUAGCUUCUAAGGGGAAGCCUUUCAAGAUAUCCUGUUAUUUUUGCUUUUAUUGCAUUUUCUCUUACAGUUUAUAAAUUUGUUAGACAUCAAAAACAUGCUUGUGAUCAGUUAUCUUUCAGUUUGGCUGUACAUAGCGAGUUGAUGCAGGUACUGUGAGACUUGAUGUAUCAAAUGAAAGGGGCAAGUCAAGCCACUGUGUCACAGAUGGUAAAUGCCGGUGCAUGGUUAAGGGAAUAUUGGAGGGAGAUGACUGGAAGCUAUCCACAUGUUUGUUUCUCAGUUUUUAAGAGUAAUUGGAGGCAUAGAGUGGACACAUAAUGACUUUGCAUUUAGCUUAUUUUCUAGAUUCAAAAGGAAACUUGUUUAACUUGAAUCAAAUUAUCAUUUUCAGAUGAAUGACUGACAUGUAAAGGAAAAAUAAGCAGAGUGGGCAACUGACGGGGAAAUAAUAGUAAGAGUACUUAUAAACUGAUUAUAUAACUGUUAACGGUCAGUUAUAUUAAUUUUUACACUGUUUUGUUCAGCCAGCAUUUUAACAAACAUCUGUGAAAAGUAUACUUCAGUUUUCCCUGUGAUUACCUACUUCUGUUGGUCUGACCAGGGAAAUGACAUUGCUGUAUUUGGACCUCUGAGGGUCUAUUUAGCUUUUCUAGUGUACUGAAUAGUAAGUACCGUAGUGAUCUGCAAAGGACAAUGUAUUGUCCAAAGGCAGCAAUCUUUUCUCCUCUGGAUCAAUUAAUUCUGAUAGUGUUAAUGAUUCUGCCCUCAUUGUUGGCUUUACUUACAGUUCUCAGUAAGUCUUACUAUAAAGAAAACAGUCUCCUUUUAUAUCUGCUGAUGAGAGUAAUAUUUAAACUGCCAACAAUAUUCAAGACACAGUAAAUAACCUAAUGGUAAAUACUGUAGAAAGCAUGACCAGGACAUUUACAGAAAUGUCUGAUUAUCUGUAAUUAUUAUUCUUUUUGUUUGUAGACACAAACUUUAAAGCAUCUAACUAUUUUCUCUCCUUUGAAUGAGUUGCCUCGAGGGUAUAUACAUAAACAAGUGUUUUGCUGCUAGAUUGUAUGAAUAUCAGCUGUUUACAAUAGGAUCUACUCUAUACUUACUUCUAUGAGUAGUUUUUUUUCUCCUUUAAGUCUGAUUAGCUUUUCUUAUUUCAGUUUUUCUACUACAACAUCUAAAUUUAAGAUUACAUGUCUCCAGCUCUCACAACACUGCUUUUGGCUGUUUAAUUGUUGCUGCCUUUGGAAGUCCUGGUGAAGGCCGUGGAGCUCUGCUGGCUGGUUUUGUAGUCUUGACAAUUCCGUAUCUGAGUUUAUUAUUUAGAACAGUAAAACUUUUAUAAAUUUCUAAUUCGAAAUUUUAUAUUCAGUCUAUUCAAUUAUCUAAUGAGGGGCCACUGAGGCUAUUUUUAAAAACUAUUUUGAAGUUAUAAAAGGGCAGAACAUCUGACUGAUGAUGUUCAUGUAAAGACAUAGACUAUUUUCUUGCAGAUUUGAAAACAGCAUAAGUCAGGUCUUUCCUGUCCUUCCAUGCCAUAGGCUGUCCACCUGUUUUCCACUAGAUCACCUGGUGAGGAAGCAGCACCUGGUUGAUUCUUGCAGAGUUUGGCCAGAGAACCUGGUGGCGUAUAGCUCUACUUAAACAAGUCCUUUUUAUUUAUCUUCUGAGCUGCAGUACUAAAAGUCAUAUCCCUAAAGGUAAUAUCGUCUUCUAGACUAGUUUUAUUAUUUCCUUCAUGAUACAAGUAUAAUAACUUACAAAAUUCUGUUAUAGAAGUCAUAAAGUCACUAUAAUUAUAGUUCUAAAUAUUUAUGGAUUUCCUGUAUUUGUAUAACUUUGCAAUUUGUUUCAUGAAUAGAAAAUAUUUACUUACUUACGUUUUUAAGCACCUAAAAAUCAUUUAAAAUUUAUUUUGGAUUUGUGAGAGAGUGUAAGAUUAAGAACUUAGUCAACUUUAGUGACUUUCCUGCAACUCUCUGAAUCUGCUACCUCUUUUUAUUAUUAAGUCUCUUAGCAGUACUUUUCCAGUUAGGUGUAUUUGCCCCUCAUUUCUAAACCUCUUUAUCCUGUGCCUCAAGAAAGCUUUUACUUUUCCUUAAAAAGUCAUUUAAAAAUUACAGGCUUUCAUUUAAAAAGUAUUUAUUGGGCCAUAGGGGCUAGAUACACAACAUUGAAAAAAGUCAAGGCCAGGUGCAGUGGUUCAUGCCUGUAAUCCUAGCAUGUGGGGAGGCAUAAGAGGGAGGAUUGCUCGAGGCCCAGAGUUUGAGACCCAGUCUCUGCAAAAAAAAAAAAAAAAAAAGGAAAAGAAAAAAAUCUUUGCACACUCAAAAUUUGUUGUGCUGUUGUAUGUAUUUAAAGUAAUCUGUAGUCAAAAGGAAGAGAUCCAAAGGUAUAAAACAUUUCCUAAGGUUUCAGAAGAGUUGCCAUUGAGUUGUAUUUGGAUUCCCUCUCUGUCACCCUGUCACCCUGUUCCCCUGCCACAUUUCCUCCUUUCUUACUCGAGGAUUAUUCGCUCCGUUAUGCAGAACACACACACAACUUACCAGAUGGUGCUAUUCUAAUGGUGUUCAUCCACAUAAUUUAACUUUCUUACUGCUUAUACUAUAUACAUAUUUAAUUUUGUUGGGAACAAGAAGAUUUUCAAGAGAAGAUAAUUUUGUAUUAGUAUAGGAAUAUUAUAUUAGACAAAUGUUUAGUUUAGCUGGCCAAAAUAUGCUUAAGGUAUUUGUAACUUUAAACAUUGCAAAUUGACUGGCUAGCUACUGAGGCAUAAAAAUUAAUCUAUAGAUAAAGUUGAAAAUAACUUGAUUAAAUUUAUAUUUUUGAUGGCUUUAGCUUGUAAAAACAUUUUAGCAUAUUGAAAUGCAUGCUAUUUAGGAUUUGCCCAGUUCAAAUUUCAAAGCUUGCUGGGUUAUUUUCAUAAGGUGGAAACAUCCUGUCUAGUUACAUGUUGCCCAGUCGCUUCUCUUGGUUUAUUCUGAAUCCCGGACCCUUUUUGGACUAGGUACAAUUGUUAAAUUUAUGAACUAAAAUUAAGGAGGGAGUCAGGAUAGUGAGGCUGGAAUAGAUAGGAAAGAGAUAAAAAGGAUCAUGUAGAUUCCAAUAAAACAUUAGUGGAGACAGUAUAUUUAAGUAAGUAAUGAAAAGGGUCUUUCAACAAAUCAGUUCUUAAUAUAGUUUAAUUGUCACUUUGUAAAUUAUAGGCUUUAAUACAGCUUGCUUUUUUGUUUUUUAAAUUCAAAAGGAAAAACACUUAUCCUCUCAGAAUGUCUGAAAUGUUUUAUAGUAGUAAUUUGUGUAAAAAUUCAAUUUUGAGAUAGGUAUUUUUUGCAUUUCUAUUGUGGUAAAAAAAACACGUAACAUAAAAUUUACCAUCUUAACUCUUUCCUAGUAUAUAGUUCAGUAGUAUUAAGUACAUUUACAUUGUUGUGAAACAGAUCUCCAGAACUUUUCACGUUAUAAAACUGAAAACUCUAUACUAGUUAAACAACUCCCCAUUUUCUCCUCCCCCUAGUGGAAUAGAAUUUUUGAUUGUAUGUAAAUCAAGAAAUACCUGAAAUAUUAGUAGUUUAUGUUUGUAGGAUCUAACGUCUUGGUAAACGUCUAGUUCCUAGAAUUCAGGAGAGGACAGCGUUUCUCCCCCUUUCCCCCCAGUUGUUAGCGGUCAUUGAGUAUGUUUCAAAUGUCUGUUAAUUGAAACAAUUUUGUUAUUUUGAGCCAUAGGGGAGAGAUACAUUUUAAGUGUUAGAAUUAGGUUAGCUUUUUUGUACUGAAUUGGGAAGGUAAUAGACUUUCACAAAUUAUGUGUGCCUUGUUGUUGAAAAUGUCAGUUGUCUUUACAUCUACUUAUAGAAGUUCCAAAAUAUGUUUUUUUCCUCCAAAAGGCAACCUAAUUUCAUUUGCUUGACUAUUAUGAUAGGAAUGCUUACUGAUAUUACUUGAUAAUCAUAUAUAGCCUUGGAACUUUAACAUAUAUAUAAAACUAUAGCAGUAUUAAUAAUAUAGUUGUAUUUCUUUAUGACAUUAAAUUUAAGGAAACUU